CCCUGAGCAGUUCUCUGUUAAUAUAUAACUACAAUGCUACCAGCUCCUGCUGCACCUUCUAAGGGGGCCAAGAAGGCUUCCAAGGCUAAAUCUUCUCGGGCUUCGGGUGAUAAGAAAUGCAAGAAGAAGAGGAAGGAAAGUUAUUCCAUCUACAUCUACAAAGUGUUGAAACAAGUCCACCCCAACACUGGUAUUUCCAGCAAAGCUAUGUCUAUCAUGAACAGUUUUGUCAACGAUUUGUUCGAAAGAAUAGCUUCUGAAGCCAGCCGUUUGGCUCACUACAAUAAACGUUCAACCAUCAGUAGCUAUGAGGUCCAGACUGCUGUCCCUCCAUUCUAUUUCUUAGCAAACUCUCUUUCUCUUCGUCUCUUACUCCGAAAGCAGCCGUAGAUGGCAGCACCAACA